ACAAUUACUCGUACAAAUGUACAAUUAUGUUUUCAAAAAAAAAAAUAAAAAAUUGCUUGUACAAUUAAACGCUGCGUUUGACCUAAGCACACAAAUUUUACAAAGUACUCCAUAUAAAAGGUCUUAAACCCUGCUUGAAACUUCUCCUUUUUCUUCAGAAAUCCUCUAAAACCUAAUUGCCGCCAUUAACGUCACCUUUCAACCACCAUUGAAGAACAGCUAAGAAGAUGAGAACCCUAGACGAGCAAGAAACCACCAUAGUCUUCGAAAAGCUCUUCAAAUUCGUGGGCAACAACCUGAAAAACAUCGUCGACAACCCCGCCUACGAAGGCCCAGCUUCAGACCCACUUCCAGGUCGCUACUGCUUCCGCCUCCAGAAGAAUCGAGUCUACUACGCAAGCGAAUCGCUUGUGAAACGCGCCACAAACGUUUCGAAGGAGCAGCUCGUUUCGUUGGGUGUUCAAGUCGGGAAGUUCACCCACCAUGGAAACUUCCAUCUCACAAUUCACGCGCUUCCUAUUCUUGCUGCGAAUGCGAAGCAUAAGGUAUGGCUUAAACCCACCUCGGAGAUGUCGUUUUUGUAUGGGAAUGCUGUGUUGAAGGCUCAUUUAGGGAGGAUUACUGAGGAUAUUAAUGCUGGUGAUGGUAUUGUUGUUUAUUCUAUGUCUGAUGUUCCUUUGGGUUUUGGAAUUGCUACUAAAUCGACUAAGGAUGUUCGUAAAUCGGACCCGCAAACUAUGGUGGUUAUUCAUCAGGGUGAUAUUGGUGAGUAUUUGAGGAUGGAGGAUGAACUUUGAAUUGGGUAUCUUCAAAUUUUCAAUUUUGUUGUUAGAGGUUUUUGGGAUGGAUGGGAAUUGGGAAUUGAGACAUUUGUGUUAGUGGGUUUUGUAUGAUUUAUAAUGAUUAAUGAUAUAAAGAUGAUUGCAAUGUUAAAUUAUAAUCUUAUCAAGCUUCAAUUUUGAUUUUAGUGCUAA